GCACCAGCAACCGACGAAGGAUGGGAACAAGCUCCGGGCCUUGAGCCGCAUCCUUGCCUAGCCACCAGCGCUUCCUCGGCAUCGACAUCAAGCCUUUCGUUGUACAUAUAAAAUGCCGAGAUCACCGCUGCCAUCUUGUUGCUCCUCUCUUUCGGGUCAUCGCCAAGGAUUCUAGUUCCUCAGCUCACCCUCUUCCAAGUCAAGAUGAAGGCUACGAUUCUUGCCAGCACCUUCGCCGCUGGUGCCCUUGCCCAGAGCGGUGCUUGGGGCCAAUGCGGCGGUAACGGUUGGUCCGGCGCCACCACCUGCGUCUCCGGAUACAGCUGCAGCUACGUGAACGACUGGUAUAGCCAGUGCCUUCCUGGUACUGCCGCUCCCACCACUGCCCGCACCACCACCCUCGUCACCUCGACCAAGACUGCCCCUCCUGCCACUACCACUACUGCCUCUGCCUCCGGCAAGUUUAAGUGGUUCGGUGUCAACGAGUCCGGUGGUGAGUUCGGUGAUGGUAUCUUCCCCGGAAGAUGGGGCACCGAGUUCAUCUUCCCCGACACCAACACCAUCCAGACUCUCCGCAGCCAGGGUUACAACACCUUCCGUGUUCCCUUCUCCAUGGAGCGCCUUGUCCCCAACACCCUGACCUCGUCUUUCGAUAACGGCUAUCUCACCAACCUCACCCAGGUUGUCAACUCUGUUACCAACUCUGGUGCCUAUGUUGUCCUCGAUCCCCACAACUAUGGCCGCUACUAUGGCAAGAUCAUCACCGAUACUAACGCCUUCAAGACUUUCUGGCAAAAUGUUGCUGCCAAGUUUGCUUCCAACUCCAAGGUCAUCUUCGAUACCAACAACGAGUACAACACCAUGGACCAGACCCUUGUCCUCAACCUCAACCAGGCCGCCAUUAACGGUAUCCGUGCCGCCGGUGCAACUUCCCAGUACAUUUUCGUUGAGGGUAACCAGUGGUCUGGCGCCUGGUCCUGGAACGUGACCAACACCAACUUGGUUGCCCUUACCGACCCCGAGAACAAGAUCGUCUACGAGAUGCACCAGUACCUGGACUCCGACAGCUCCGGUACCAGCACCGCCUGCGUUUCCACCGAGAUUGGUGUUCAGCGCAUCGUUGGUGCCACCGCCUGGCUCCGCGCCAACGGAAAGAAGGGUGUCCUCGGCGAGUUCGCCGGUGGUGCCAACUCGGUCUGCAAGGCUGCUGUCACUGGUCUCCUUGAGCACCUCAAGGCUAACUCUGACGUCUGGGAGGGUGCUCUCUGGUGGGCUGCCGGCCCCUGGUGGGGUGACUACAUGUAUAGCUUUGAGCCUCCUUCGGGCACUGGCUAUACCUACUACAACAGCCUCCUCAAGACCUACACCCCUUAAGUGACGGGAACUUGUGAAGAGUUGCUGUAGUAACAGCGAGAAAUCGCCC